AUGCGAAGAUCACGUAAAUAUCUCACUUUCGGGUUUCUUUUGGGUACAUUUGCAUUUAAUAUUUAUCUUCUCUUGCAAUUCCAUGUGGAAGAAGAACCAGUACUACGCUAUGAAUCUCAACAAAAACAAUUUCUUAUUUUGGACUGGACGGCGAAGCAUCACAUAUUCAGAGAAGAUGAGAUAAUACAAUGUGAUUUCUCACAUAUUACUCCUGAAUAUUGUCAAUCAAGAUUCGAUUCGAUCGCGAGUGAAUCUCGCCGUUCAUAUUUCAUUCAGCGUUGUUCUCAUUUACCAACACUUGCAAUCCGUUGGACGGCUGACCAAUCGUAUCUGAAACAAGCUGACCUUCUUUCUUAUCAUUCUAUCCACAUGCCAUGGAAAAGAUUGCCCAAACUAAUCCGAAACGAUCGCAAGCAGCAGUUUUCCACUGUGUAUGUUUUGGAAAGCGAAGUACAUUCAUCUAACGGUCAACAUUGGCAUCAUAUCGAUUUUCCUAUGUGGUACAAUCUUCAACAUUCAUAUCCCGCGCCAGCAACAUAUUUCGAUCUGAAAAUAUAUCUGAAUCAACUGUUCGCACCAGUUCAAGUACCAUUUCUGAACAAAACAACCAGUGCUUCGAUUGUUUGGAUUAUUUCCAAUUGUCGUGCUAACAAUGGUCGUCAGACAUUAAUCGAGAAUUUAAUGGCUUAUAUUCAAAUUGAUUCAUAUGGCAAAUGUCUAAACAAUGUUCAUUCAGACAAUGUUCGCAUUCGUCAACAAUCAAACUCAAUUCUAUAUUCAUCCUACAAAUUCGUCAUUGCUAUCGAGAAUUCCAAUUGUGAAGAUUAUGUCACCGAAAAACUACUUGAUGCAUUCGCAUCCACAUCGAUUCCAAUCGUUGCUAGUCGAAAUGGUAAACCAGAUUAUGCACGAUUUGCACCGGAAUAUUCCUAUGUCAAUGUCUAUGAUUAUUCAUCACUGAAGGAACUGGCUGAUUAUUUGAAGUACCUAUCGAACAAUGAAACAGCUUACAACGAAUAUCUCUGGUUUAGACGAUUGCCUGCAAACAAAUAUGCGACAUCAAAAGGCACGGUCACCCGAACGUUAGCAGAAUAUCUUCAAUUAGCUGAUGAAAUUUUAGGUCGCAAUGCAACAAUGCGUCAGUGGUUGUUAACUAAAGAAACAAGUGUUAAUAAAUAUUGUAAAUUAGCUCAGUUUAUCUAUACAACUGACUGGAAGGUUAUAGACAAACGAAAGAAAAUCGAUCGUCUAUCGGCAAAUGAAGUAUGUCUACCUCGUGAUGACUUGAUAUCGCAUUUUAUAAAAUAA